AUGUCCGAAAAAAAAAACUCAUCCAAGGAACGCAUGGACAUAAUUGAUGACCAUGAACGUAUCAAAGAAAUUGCGGAACAAGAUACAAAUCGUGCUAGAAUAAUAGCAAAUGUAGGGCCUGAUCGACAAGAUUGGGAGUCUGCAUGCCGAAUAAUUUUAGAAAAUAACCUUCUCACAGCCAAAGAAAAAACUACUAUUGUCGCUCUGUUAAUGUGUAAACCCUUAUGUAUGUAUAAUUUAAUUUGA